UUAAUCUUUCUAUAGGAGGAAAAAACAGAAAGAAAAUGAAAUUGCUGCAUAUCUCUCUACAUUCAUAAACACUCAUAAACAUCUCAGAUUGCGAGCCUCUUUGUUCUCCUUGUUCCAUUCUCUUCCAUCGAAGUUGGAAGAAACUUUUCUAUUUCGGUUUGAUAUAUUGAAAAAAGUGUAUAUAUAUAUAUAGUAGCUAUAGUAUCAAUGGAGGGUGGUGAUAUAUUUAGAGUAAGUAGUGCACGUCUAAGUAGUUCUAACAUCUGGAGGAACAACGCCAUAGAAGUUUUCUCCAAAUCUUCUAGAGAUGGCGAAGACGAUGAAGAAGCUCUGAAAUGGGCUGCUAUUGAGAAACUGCCAACUUAUCUACGUAUUAGGAGAGGUAUACUCACAGAGGCUGAGGGCCAAGCAAGAGAGAUUGACAUAAAAGACCUUGGGACACUAGAAAGAAGGAAUGUAUUGGAAAGGCUAGUCAAAAUUGCAGAAGAAGAUAAUGAAAAGUUCUUGUUAAAGCUCAAGGAUCGAAUCGACAGAGUUGGGCUUGAUAUUCCAACCAUAGAAGUUCGUUUCGAACAUUUAAGUGUGGAAGCAGAAGCAUAUGUUGGAAGCAGGGCCUUACCUACAAUUUUUAACUUCUCUGUUAAUAUGUUGGAGGGGUUCUUGAAUUAUCUUCACAUUCUUCCAAGCAGGAAGAAACCGUUUCCAAUUCUAAAUGAUGUUAGUGGAAUUAUUAAGCCUAGAAGAAUGACACUGCUUUUAGGCCCUCCAAGCUCCGGAAAAACCACACUGCUAUUGGCUUUGGCAGGAAAACUGGGUAAAGAUCUAAAAUUUUCUGGGAGAGUCACUUACAACGGACAUGGUAUGGAAGAGUUUGUACCAGAAAGAACUUCAGCAUAUAUCAGUCAAUAUGAUCUACACAUAGGAGAAAUGACAGUGAGAGAAACACUUGCUUUCUCUGCAAGAUGUCAAGGGGUCGGGCCGCGUUAUGAAAUGUUGGCAGAAUUAUCAAGGAGAGAAAAGACAUCAAACAUCAUGCCGGAUCCUGAUCUUGAUAUCUACAUGAAAGCGGCAGCAUUAGAAGGGCAGCAGACCAAUGUAGUUACUGAUUACAUCCUAAAGAUUUUGGGACUAGAAGUUUGUGCAGAUACCAUGGUGGGGGAUGAAAUGAUAAGAGGUAUAUCCGGCGGACAAAAAAAGCGACUGACAACAGGGGAGAUGCUAGUGGGGCCGGCAAAAGCACUUUUUAUGGACGAGAUAUCAACUGGUUUGGACAGUUCAACUACAUUUCAGAUCGUGAACUCACUCAGACAGUCCAUCCACAUUCUCAAUGGAACUGCUCUCAUCUCUCUCCUCCAGCCUGCACCGGAAACUUAUGACCUUUUCGACGAUAUAAUUUUGCUCUCAGAUGGGCAAAUUGUGUUUCAAGGCCCUCGUGAAAAUGUGCUCGAGUUCUUUGAGCACAUGGGCUUCAAAUGUCCAGAGAGGAAAGGAGUUGCUGACUUCUUACAAGAAGUUACAUCAGGAAAAGAUCAAGAACAGUACUGGGCAAAUAGAGAUGAACCCUACAGCUUCAUAACUUCCAAGGAAUUUGCGGAAGCGUUUCAGUCAUUUCACGUCGGUGGAAAGCUUGGCGACGACCUUGCCACUCCAUUUGACAAGUCCAAAGCCCACCCUGCAGCUUUGACAACCAAGAAAUAUGGUGUUAGCAAGAAGGAGCUCUUCAAAGCUUGUGCCUCUAGAGAAUAUUUGCUCAUGAAGAGGAAUUCCUUCGCCUAUAUUUUCAAAAUGGUCCAACUUAUUCUAAUGGCUUUCAUAUCAAUGACACUCUUCCUUCGGACCGAGAUGAGGCGGGAUUCGGUGGACGACGGUGGGAUUUAUAUGGGUGCUUUGUUCUAUACAAUUAUCAUAAUUAUGUUUAAUGGAUUCUCAGAGCUUGCCAUGACCAUCAUGAAGCUUCCUGUGUUUUUCAAGCAAAGGGACUUCCGUUUCUAUCCUUCGUGGGCAUAUGCUUUGCCAACAUGGAUUCUUAAGAUCCCUAUCACCUUUGUGGAAGUUGGCAUUUGGGUGUUCACGACUUACUACGUUAUUGGUUUCGAUCCAAACGUUGAAAGGUUUUUCAAACAGUUCCUUCUGCUUUUGUGUCUUAACCAGAUGUCAUCUGGGCUGUUAAGAUUGAUGGGGGCAUUGGGGAGAAAUGUAAUUGUUGCAAACACAUUUGGGUCUUUUGCUUUACUUACAGUUUUUGUAAUGGGUGGCUUUAUAUUAUCAAAAGAUGAUGUGAAGAAAUGGUGGCUAUGGGGUUAUUGGGUUUCACCCAUGAUGUAUGCACAGAAUGCUAUAGCAGUGAAUGAAUUUCUUGGAGAGAAUUGGAGACAUAUUCCUCCAAACGAAAAAGAGCCAUUGGGGAUAUUGGUGUUGAAGUCUCGAGGGAUUUUCCAAGAAGCACAUUGGUACUGGGUUGGAGUAGGAGCAUUGAUUGGAUUCAUAUUCCUAUUCAAUUUCCUUUUUACUUUGGCUUUGAAGUAUCUCAAUCCAUUUGGGAAACCUCAGGCAAUAAUAUCGAAAGAGGCCUUGGUUGAAAAAAUUGCUAGGAAAACUGGAGAGUUUAUCGAGCUAUCUUCCACCAUUGAAAGAGGGAAUGAAAGUAGAAGAAACAUAUCAUCUAGAACAUUGUCAGCAAGAGUAGGAAGCAUUAACGAAGCCAAUGUGAAUGGUAAAAGGGGGAUGAUUCUUCCUUUCGAACCCCUUUCAAUCACCUUUGAUGAAAUUAGAUAUGCAGUUGACAUGCCUCAGGAAAUGAAAUCUCAAGGCAUUCCAGAGAACCAGCUAGAACUUUUAAAAGGUGUGAGUGGUUCUUUUAGACCAGGAGUCCUUACAGCUCUAAUGGGUGUUAGUGGUGCUGGAAAGACAACUCUAAUGGAUGUUUUGGCUGGAAGGAAAACCGGUGGAUAUAUUAAAGGAACAAUCAACAUUUCAGGUUACCCAAAAAAGCAAGAAACAUUUACUCGAAUAUCAGGAUACUGCGAACAAACUGACAUCCAUUCUCCUCAUGUUACAAUUUAUGAGUCCUUGGUUUAUUCUGCUUGGCUUCGGUUACCUUCUGAUGUUGAUUCCACAACAAGAAAGAUGUUCAUAGAGGAAGUAAUGGAGCUUGUGGAGUUGAGCUCAAUAAGAGGAGCACUUGUUGGAUUGCCUGGUGUUGAUGGUCUAUCAAUUGAGCAGCGUAAAAGGCUAACAAUUGCAGUAGAGCUUGUUGCCAACCCAUCUAUUAUUUUUAUGGAUGAGCCUACCUCUGGUCUUGAUGCCAGAGCAGCAGCAAUUGUAAUGAGAACAGUGAGAAAUACAGUGGACACAGGACGAACGGUGGUUUGUACUAUUCAUCAGCCAAGCAUAGAUAUUUUUGAUGCAUUUGAUGAGUUGUUUCUUUUGAAACGGGGAGGAGAAGAAAUAUACGUCGGUCCAUUAGGUCGCCAUUCAUCAAAUCUGAUAAAGUAUUUUGAGGAAAUCAAUGGAGUUCCAAAAAUUAAAAACGGCUACAAUCCAGCGACUUGGAUGUUAGAGGUUACUUCAGCAGCACAAGAAGAAACAUUAGGGGUUAACUUCAGUGACAUAUAUAAGAACUCAGAACUAUAUAGGAGAAACAAGGCCUUGAUCAAGGAAGUGAGUAUUGCUGUACCAGGUUCAAAAGAUUUGUACUUCCCUACUCAAUACUCUCAAUCUUUCUUUACCCAAUGUAUGGCUUGCUUAUGGAAACAAGGCUUAUCAUACUGGCGAAACCCACCUUACAAUGCUGUGAGGCUUUUCUUCACCACCUGCAUAGCGUUAAUGUUCGGGACUAUAUUCUGGGAUAUCGGCUCCAAAAGGCAAAGAAAACAAGAUGUUUUAAAUGCAAUAGGCUCUAUGUAUGCUAGUGUUCUCUUCAUUGGGUUUCACAAUUCUGCACAAGUGCAGCCAGUUGUGGCUAUUGAAAGAACUGUUUUUUAUAGAGAAAAGGCAGCUGGAAUGUACUCUGCUUUACCAUAUGCCUUUGGACAGGUUGUAAUUGAACUACCAUAUGUUUUCAUCCAAACAGUCAUCUAUGGGGUUAUAGUAUACACCAUGAUUGGAUUUGAUUGGACAAUUAGCAAGUUCUUUUGGUAUAUUUUCUUCAUGUACUUUACCUUCUUAUACUUCACAUUCUAUGGGAUGAUGACUGUGGGUUUUACACCUAACCAUCACAUUGCUGCCAUAGUCUCUUCAUCCUUCUUUGCAAUAUGGAACCUUUUCUCAGGCUUCAUCAUUCCAAGAACAAGAAUGCCCAUAUGGUGGAGAUGGUACUACUGGGUUUGCCCUAUCUCUUGGAGCUUGUAUGGAUUGGUUGCUUCUCAGUUUGGAGACAUAAAAGAUACACUUGAAUCAAGUGAUGAAUCGGUGGAAGAAUUUGUCAAGAGCUAUUUUGGAUAUAAAAGUGAUUUUUUGAGUGUUGUUGCAAUUGUUCAUGUAGGUAUGUCACUGAUUUUUGGCUUCAUAUUUGGCUUCUCUAUCAAGACAUUUAAUUUUCAGAAGAGAUGAAAUAAUAUAUUAGCUGUAAAAUUGUAAAUAUACAUUAUAGUGGAAUCCAUUUGGAAUUCCCAUAU